UUCUCUUAAAAGGCCAGGUGCUUAAUUAAAGAGACUUCAAAAACCCUUACGAGAGUAGGGUUCUAUGAUCCGAGAUUAUUAGUGUCAAAUGGAGAAAUCACAAUUUGGAGCGUCAUUCUGUUUCUCUAGCCAACGUCAUCGUCAUCUGAAGAGUGAAACUUAUCGCUCGUUGAUUCGAAUCCUAUCGCACUGCUAUGUUCACUCUCAAGUUUCAGCUCCCCAGGAGCCAAUACCAGGCAAAUUGUUCGGUUCUGAUUGUACAGUGCCUGAGAAUUGUGGGGCUACAGAAGAAGCAGUUGUUGACAAAAGCUUUGAAGCUGUUGGAUUUGAAAACAAAGGGUUUGGUGACACACUUAUGGUAAUUGAUGAGAUAGAUCAUAUGUUAGGGAUGGAAGAAAACGAUAAUUUUUUGAAAAAGGACUCGAUGACUAAUGAUAUUGCUGAUGGCACUGGUUCCCAAGACUUGGGAUUUGAUCGGCAACAAAUGCUGAUGGAUGAAUUUGAGCAUAUUGUAGAAGGAAAUGGAGAACUUGUUCAAGAGAAUAGUGGUAGUGUCUCAGCAGCAUCUUUCUGUGAGAACCAGAGUGAUGAGGCUGUCUUGAUGAACGACCCAAAACAAUGUGUUGACUUUGAACAAAUUGUUCAUGAGAAAAUUGAGAAAGAAGCUCAAUUUAAUCUAAAGAUUUCUGUACCAGUUGAUUCAUUUGUCAAUAGAAGUAUGGAUUGUCAACUUCCAAAACCGAGUGAUGAUAGUGACGAUAAAUAUUCUUUAUUGAGGACUAAUGCCUUGGAAGUAGAGCCUGAAAUGCAGCCAAAAGAGAUGGUACUGAAGAAAUUAGUAAAUACUGAUGGUGCAAUGGAUUCCUAUAAUCAUGUGGCCAAAGAUGUCGAGUUUGAGGAGGGAGAAGUUUCUGGUGGCUUUGAGGUUGAUGAAGUAUCAACUGAUAUGCUUUCUGAUAGUGCUAUAUUGUCGGAGGAGGAGAAAGAUGGGAAGCAAGUUUCUGAAGAUGUAAUUGAUAAAAGAAAGUUCUCUUGUGAUGCACGAAACCGAGUUAAUGAACAAUUUUCUGAUCCUGCUGCUUUUACUGUGAAUCAUAACAAUAUUGGUAGAGCAAUGGAUAUCAAGGAAAGUGUCAGAAAUGAUAAACAAUGUGAAUCCACAAACUUUGUGCAUGAAACCUUAAAGAUGGAUACAGAUGGAGACAAAUAUAAUUCUGUGCCAGUUGUUGGAUCAAAUAAAAGGAAAUCUAGUGGAGAUGAGGGGAGUCUUGCUUGCCCAGCAAUACAUCUUAAAAAUCUAUCAAUGCAUGGAGAAGUCUUAGAGUUAAGUGCAACUGAGAAGCAAGGAAUUACAUCUGAAGAGAAGCUGGAUUCCGGUGUCUCCAAUAGGAAAAAGCGAAGUGCUCCCACAAAGGAAAGGAAAGCAAAGAAAAAGCAAAAAGAGCGAAAAAAGCGAGCAGAAAAGAAUCGACAACUUGGCAUUAAAAGGUUGAAACUGCGUCCAGUUCUGAAACCAAAAACUGUAACAUAUUGCCGUCAUUACCUUAUGGGAAGAUGCCAGGAGGCUGACAAGUGCAAAUUUUCACAUGAUACAGAACCUUUGACAAAGUCCAAGCCCUGCUGUCAUUUUGCACGUAGCACUUGCAUGAAAGGGGAUGACUGUCCAUUUGAUCAUCAGCUCUCUAAGUAUCCCUGUAACAACUUUGUGGCUAAAGGGUUUUGCAAUAGAGGUGGUGAUUGUAUGUUUUCACAUGAGGUGCCUGACACGGAAGGCGGCCUUCCGACCUCAAGUGCUUCCAAACAUGAACUGAAGCUUCCAUCCCUGUUUCAUAACUCCAAUUCCCAAAAUCAAGCAAACAUUGAUGCAAUCUCCCAUCAGCAUGCUGAUUCUUCAUCCAACUAUAGAAAAGUUUCUCCAAGCAAAAAAACAGAACAGGAUGUAGCAGUGGCUGUGCAACUACCUGCAGUGGCACCCAAAGGUGUCAGUUGUCUCUUCUUUGGGAAAUCAUCAGUGCUAGAAUCGAGUAAACUUAAACCAAGGAGCUCAUCUCCAAAGAGGAAUGUCAGUGACAAAGUUGGGAAUCAGACUGAACAAACUGCUGUGAGCACUGUUCAAAAUAUGAAUGAAACUCCAAAUAAAACACCACCUGCAGCUGGACCAAAGGGUGUAAAUUUUCUUUCAUUUAGCAACACUCCAGUGGCAGAUUCCAGUAGUAAAAAAUUAACUGGCUUGCUUUUGAAUGGGGAAAAUGGUGUAAGAUCAUCACUAUUAAACAAUUUCAAUUUAAAGAAACAAGUUGGCUCAUCUCACAGUGGAGAAAAUAAUGUCAAGGUUGGGAAUCAGACAUCCCAAACUAUGUCAAGUGCAAUUGAAAAUUCAAAUGAGAUGCUGAAGAAAAGGGUACCAAUUAGUGACAGAAAAGCUAGUUUGCCUUCCAGUUCAGAUAAGGGUAUCAAUAGAUUGCUUGAAGAGAGUCAAAAUACCCCUAGUGAACAUCAACAGUCUACUGCAAUUUCAUGGAGGCCUCUGGCUUCCUUACUUGCUGCAGGCCACUCUUCAGAUCUAGCACUUGGGCCCUCAAAAGGAAGUCCAAGCUCAUCUCAGAGGGCACUCAUGUCGACUCUAGCAUUUGCGGCAAAGAUUGAAACUGAAAGGAAGAUAAAUCUGUCUGCGCCUAGUAGUGGGUCCAAUAAUCAAACAAGAGAUAACGGUACUGUUGGUGUUGCUGGUAACAGUGGAGGUUCACUUAUUGACUUAGCAAAAGGUUCUAAAAUUUUAGACUUCUUGUCUAGCCUUAGCGAAACAAAGUAGUAAACAUGGGUUCCAACUAUUCCAUGAAGUAUAUGCUUUAGAUGCAGUUAGAUCACAUGUCAUGUAACUGAUUCAAAUGUUUGGAGGCUUGGUCUUUGUACACUUUUUGACAUAUUGAUCCUGCUUCUGCUUUCACUUCUUUUCCAUCACCAAAUUAGCAGGUUGGCUGCAUGUUGGAAGUCUGCACAUAUGGUAUUUCUCAGCCUUGAUGAAACCCAGUCUCAAGUGUGGAUGCUAGGAGCUCAGUGGCCUAAGAUUCUCCAGUUUUUAGAAAUCUCAGGUUGGCUAAUUGUGCAUAAUUCUGUUUGUUCAUGUUAGCUCAACCCAGUCUUUUUUGACUACUAUCUGAAGGUUGACCUUUGCUAGUUUCUCAUAUUAAAUUGUUCAUUUUAGGUUAUAAUCCUCAGUGGUUGCCUUCUAUUUUAUGGUUUAGCUUUAGCUGUUUUACAUUUAAGUUCCAAUGAACAAGAUUUAAAGAGAGAAAAGGUCAAGGCAACAGCUUGUUUUAUGUGGAGUUGUAAGUGUAUUUAUCCUUUGGUUCUGAGCACAUGGUGCUUCAUUUACAUUAGAUUGAGAGUUAGACAAUAAUGCUGAUAAGUUUCACCCCGACAUGUGAAAGUGUAACUUUUAACAUUACUAGUAUAUCGUCAAAUGGCAGAAAUCCGCAGUUGCUACUGUAUACCGUCUGGAUACUGACCCCUUGGUUAAAGGAUUAUUUUAUAGCAAAAUCUUUAUACAA